AUUAAUCUUGUUGAAAAUAAAUGGACGAGACAAAAAGGAAGCUACCUUUUAGCAGUACCACCGUAGCUUGUAGGUUACAUAAGAGCUAAACGAUGAAAAUUGCACCCGCGAAUACACUCCGAACACUGCACGUGCUGACUCUGUUAAGUCACACGUGCCUCUAUCAGCAUCUAACCGCAACCGUAACCACUACAACCAACUACCUCAAGUUGUUUAGUUAUAAAUUCAGAACGCAUACGGCACGUGUAAGCAGAGCCAUAACUGCUCAACCACACGCUCAAAAUCACAGAGCAGCUUCAAGCCACGAAACAGAGUUCAAAAUGGGAGAAAAAGAAGCUGUUGAAGUUCAUAGCAAGUUUCGAUCAGAAUUUCUGCAAGUUCUUCGUAGCAGACGAACUACUCAAGUUCCGUUAACCGUUGAAGUCGCAAAACCAGUGACGAAUCGUUUGCAUCAGAACUCUCCUCCAUCAAUCGACGAGGAGAUUAUGAAGUCUUGUCCAAAGGCAAACAUAGAGAACCUCGAAGAUUUGCUCGAGGAGGAGAAUUUGUACUUAACUAUUGAGGAAGGAGAGCAAGGACGAUUGCCUGUGUUGAUUUUGAGCUUGAAGGAAAGCCAUAAGCAGAAAAGAAGGCCUGCAGUUGUUUUCCUUCACAGUACAAACAAGUAUAAAGAAUACAUGCGUCCAUUGCUUGAGGCAUAUGCUUCGCGAGGAUAUAUAGCAGUUUCAGUUGAUUCUCGUUACCAUGGUGAACGUGCGAAAAGUGCAACCACCUAUCGUGAUGCUCUUAUUUCCGCAUGGAAAACCGGAGGCACAAUGCCAUUCAUAUAUGACACGGUAUGGGACUUGAUUAAAUUGGCAGAUUAUCUAACACAGAGAGAAGAUAUAGACCCCUCUAGGAUAGGAAUCACUGGAAUAUCACUUGGAGGAAUGCAUGCAUGGUUUGCUGCAGCUGCUGAUACUCGCUAUGCUGUGGUUGCUCCUCUGAUCGGUGUUCAGGGAUUUCGAUGGGCCAUAGACAACGAUAAGUGGCAGGCUCGAGUUGACAGUAUAAAGCAUGUUUUUGAAGUUGCUCGUGAUGAUUUGGGCAAAGGUGCUAUUGACAAAGAAGUGGUGGAGAAGGUGUGGGACAGGAUUGCUCCUGGUUUAGCUUCCCAGUUUGAUUCCCCCUACUCAGUUCCAUCUAUUGCACCCCGUCCUCUGCUUAUUCUCAAUGGUGCAGAAGAUCCCAGGUGUCCCCUUGCCGGCUUAGAAAUUCCAAGGACAAAAGCAAGUCAAGCAUACAGAGAGUUUCACUGCAUAGAUAAUUUCAAGUUUAUUGCAGAACCUGGAAUUGGGCACCAAAUAACAAAAUUCCAGGUUAAGGAAUCAUCUGACUGGUUUGACAAGUUUUUGAACCCUCAAACAUUGAUUGUAAAAUUAUAAAAGAACUUGCUCUGGCUCACUCCAGUUACCUUUGUAUGAUUGUAAUUUGUGUGACUUAUGAUUUUCUGUUUAAUGUAUCCGAAGAUAUCGCAAUAAGAUGCAGAACCAUAGUUGUGUUUGUCCAACUUAGCACA